AUGUGUAGCUUGAGUUUCUGCAGGAUGGAGGUUCAUCACGGGAUCAGGAAUGCGAGACUUCAAGGGGACUACAGUGAUUAUGCACUGACCGAACCUUGUCCUUUGAGGUCUACUGAUGAUCCUUCGGGUCUUUAUCGAGUCUUUUCAGGUCUAAAGACGUUCCAGGGAGAGCUUUGGUCACAUGGACCAACAAGGGGAAAGCAGGCAAAACGGAGCGAAAGGAGCUCGAUCGAGCCUACGCAACAAGCUCGAUCGACCCAUCAGACAGGUCGAUCGACUCAUACUGAGAGGCGAGUCGAUCGAUCCCCACGCACACUCGAUCGAUCCCAGUCCUUCACCGACUCGAUCGAUAUGCAGAGCAAGCCAGCUCGAUCGAUCCCGUUCUGUCUCAGCCGUUCGAUCAAUCCCGGUCAGAUGAUAUCACAGCCGUUCGAUCUACUUGGUGCAAACCGACUUGAUCGAACCACAGCGAACCGGAUUGAACCGAAGUCGACCCCGGAGCUAUUUAGACCUAUCUUUAGCCAUUGUUUAGGCUACGCCGUUUUUCAGAGUUUUACAUUGUUUCUGAGGGAGAAGAGAUCGAACCUCUGUUUUCACAGUUUGGAGAAGAUUUCUGAACCCUUGUUUUGCUAUUUUCGUAUUUUGAUUCAAUGA